ACUACAUGUGGAGGACCUGAGGGCGAUGAACAUCUGGCUGUGACUGAUGUGUGCGCGCGUGUGAGAAGGAGAAUACGGCGAAGAAACUUUUAUGAAAAGAGAAACCUGAACGAUCCUCGUACUGUUUGGUCUGUCAAAGACCGACCAGUGCUGAAUAAUGGACAGUGAAGUGGAGAUGAUGAACACCAGCCUUGACAGUCCUCUGAGCCCGAGGCACCUGACCGGGUUGGGGAUGAACUGUCUUCUCGGCCAGAAGUACAGACACUCUGGGCCUGGCCUUACCAGUCCUCAGGAGUACAACCAGUGGCUGCCUUACCGCCAUGAUGCCAGCCUGCUGCCAAUGAAAGAAGACCUGGCCUUCUGGCUCAACACACUCAUGGGUGUGGACCUUACAGCAGACAGUCUGAUGGAAAGGUUGGAUAACGGUGUUCUCCUCUGUCAGCUGGCACAGCUGAUCCAGGACAAGAUUAUCCACACCAAUAAUGGCAAGCCCUUCAUGAGAAGAGUGAUCCACUGGCGAGCUGAUGCAACCUCUGGAUCAUUUUUCGCCCGAGACAACACUGCCAACUUCCUCUACUGGUGUCGAAAGACUGGUGUUGAUGAGGCUUACCUUUUUGAGUCAGAGGAUUUGGUCCUCCACAAACAACCUCGGGAGGUGUGCCUGUGCCUGAUGGAGCUGGGACGGAUUGCAGCCAGAUAUGGAGUAGAGCCUCCGGGGCUGGUGAAGUUGGAGAGGGAGAUAGAAAGGGAGGAGGCGGGGUGCUUAUCUCCAUCAUCCCCUCUGCCCCUCUCCUUUUUUCCUCCUACAUCAUUGUAUUCACCAUCACAAUCAUCCCUGCCCCCAGCCCCAUCUCCCCCUCCUCCUCCUUCUCCUCCUCCACCUCCUCCACCUGCGCCCUUCACUCCAAGCAUAACCUGUCUGUCUGAAACACUCGCUGCCUCAAUCGCCUCUGAUCUUCCAUCAGCCACAACAAACCCAGUGCCUACAUGUUUGUCUCCUCCUCAGUCCUCCCUCUCAGCCUCUAACCCUUGUACAACCACAGCCUCAACACAAACACCUUUGUUCUCUUCAUCCUGCACCACUAACACAUCUGCCUCAACUCCACUGGCAGCAGCCUCACCAGUCCAAACCCUGGUAUCCACUGCCAAAGUCUCCUCCAUCACAAUAAACAAACACACUUCCACAGAUACACCUCCAAUCACCUCCCCACCAGCAGCCCUGACUCCUCGUUCCAAAUCCACAAGGAGGAGGAGCACAGGCACCAGCAGCAUUUUGGAUGAUAUUGUGAGAAACAUUAUUGAAAAUCCACCCUGCAGCUGUCCUACCAGGUUCCUUGUUGAGAAGCAACCUAAAGGCUGCUACCGUGUUGGAGAUAAAGUUCUGUAUAUAAGGAUGCUGAAUGAGCGUCAUGUGAUGGUGCGCGUAGGCGGAGGCUGGGAGACCUUUAUAAGUUACCUGCAGAAACACGACCCCUGCAGAGGAGGAGGAGGAGGAGGACUGGUUGGCAGAUGUGAGGUCAGGGUCUGUAGGGACAAAGCGAAGGCGUCCAAUUUGAACAUCUCACCUGACAGCUACAUGGUGGUCGGCGCCCAUUACCGUGGCAAGAAGUAGACUGUCAAACUGCUCGUUUUUGUUUCUGGCUCUGAGCAGCAGAGGUGAACAUUUCACUUAACUGUACAAGGUUACUGAUUUAACACGCAGCUCACAUAUCUUUUACCUCAAGUUCAAAACGAAAUUCUUUUGUAACAGAUUUCUGAGGUUGUUUGUCAUCUGUAUGAAUCAUCCGUAACGACUUGGCAGCAAGGCUACAUGACUGUAUGUUUGCAACUCAGUCCAUUAGCAGAAAGUUAGUCGUCAACAAUUUUUAUUGUCACUUCUCAAGCUGGUUCCAGCUUCUUUAGUGUGAGGACUUGCUGCAUUUCUUUGUUUUACAUGUUAAUAAACUGUAUAUCUUUUUAACUGUUGGUGAAAUAAAAUAAUAAUAAUGAAAAUAAUCAUUAUUUGCAGCAUUAGUUGUUUUGUGAACUUAUGCCUAAUCAUGAUUUUGUGUAGUACUAUAUGCAGUAAUGUCGUUAAAUUAUGUAUUUGUACUGUUACUGUUUGUAUUUAGUUAGUAAACAUACAGCAUGUUUCUGUAUCAUGGUUCUGUAGUUAGCUAGUUCCAGCAGCAGUUUGAGUAGUUUUAAACAUCUAUGCAUCAUGACUUUUAAUGUAUGGGAUUAUUUUUCAGUCUGUUUCUUAUUUUA